GUCCCUCCCUCGGCAGGGACUUGGCACCACCCUGAGCCGAGAGAACCCCCCGGUGACAGCGGGCACAGAGGGUCCCCAACCCCCUGCGCUGGAGCGGGGUUUCGCCCAGGGGUGCCCCAAGAGCAUCCCGAGCAGCGGCGGAGGGAAAGGCUGGCCGGGAGGGGUCCUGCCCUCCUCCCCCAAAGGGCUUCGGACCCCCCGAGUUCCACGGGGCGGGGGUGGGGGCAGAGAUGCUGCUGGGGGCCGCGGAGGGAAGAGGUGACGGUGUUGCACCCAGCGCACUGCGGGGGGAACAGGGGAGGGUCUUUUCCCAUCGGCACCUCCCCAGAGCCCCGGGAGAAGCCGGCGUCCCUCCUGGCUUCCUGCGACCGCGUCUGGGCAUUCUCCACAUCCUUUGCUGGGCACUGCCUCUUUCCCCGCUCGAGCGCUGCCCGCAUCCCUCCCCGGGCAGAGCCUCCUUCCCCGCCGGGGCGCUCCCCGCAUCUCUCCCGGGCAUUGCCCGCAUCCCUGCCUGGGCAGAGCAUCCUUCCCGGCUCGAGCGCCGCCCGCAUCCCCGCCCGGGCAGAGCCUCCUUCCUCGACCGGGCGCUCCCCGCAUCCCUCCGGGCAUCCCCGGCCCGCUCCCCGCGGACCCCCACCCCCCCCCCGGGCUCCGGCAGCGGGCGGGGAACGGGCCGGGGCUCCGCAGCGGGGCCGCCCGCCGCAUGGCCCCACCGCCCGCCGGGGCUGCGCCGGCCCGGGCCGCCGACAGUGACAGGCUGUCCCAGGGGGAAAAUGCAUCCUGAAUGGGGCUGAGGCCCCCUGCGCGGGAAUAUGCAGCCUCGGUGCCGCAGGGGCAGCACCAGGGCAGCGCCUGGCACACGACGGCAUGGUGGCAACCUUCAAGAUUGCCGUACUGGGAGCCCAGGGCGUGGGCAAGAGCGCCAUAGUCCGGCAGUUCCUCUACAACGAGUUCAGCGAGGUCUGCGUGCCCACCACGGCUCGUCGCGUCUACCUGCCUGCUGUCGUCAUGAACGGCCACGUCCACGACCUGCAGAUCAUGGACUUCCCCCCCAUCACCUCCUUCCCCGUCAACACCCUGCAGGAGUGGGCGGACGUGUGUUGCAGGGGGCUCCGGAGUGUCCAUGCCUACAUCCUGGUCUAUGACAUCUGUUGCUUUGACAGCUUCGAGUACAUCAAAACCAUCCGCCAGCAGAUCCUGGAGACAAGGGUCAUCGGCACUUCAGAGACACCCAUCAUCAUCGUGGGCAACAAGCGGGACCUGCAGCGGGGUCGGGUGAUCCCGCGCUGGAACGUUUCCAACCUGGUGAAGAAGACAUGGAAGUGUGGCUACAUCGAGUGCUCGGCCAAGUACAACUGGCACAUCCUGCUGCUCUUCAGCGAGCUCCUGAAGAGCGUGGGCUGCGCCCGCUGCAAGCACGUCCACACCACCAUCCGCUUCCAGGGUGCCCUGCGCAGGAACCGAUGCACCAUCAUGUGAGCCCCCUGCCCCGAUGGAACCCCCUGAUCGUGCCCCCAUGGCCGCACAUCCUCGGGGACCGCACCUCCCGGCAAGUGCUGGCAUCACUGCUCUGUGCGGGGAUGAUGCCGGGAGCUGUGCCAGAAGUACCUCAGGGUUUGCUCUGCCACCGGCGCUGGCCCUUUGUGACAUUUGGGGACCUUGGGUGCUGCUGGGCAGGGUGAUGCAGUGGCCACUGGUGGGUCAGAGCGGGUGGGUGGCCAGGCUGCCUUGGAGGUAGGAAAGGGUGAGGGAGGACCUCAGCCAAACCUCCGAGCCCUCCCUGAGCCUCUGGCACUCGAUGCCAAAGCCAUCCUGGAGGGGUUGUGUCUCUGCCACGUCUGAAACACUGCGUGGCACCGGGAGGCAGAGGAGACACUUCAGACAGUGCCCAGAGGCUGGCUGUUGGGUCUGUCCUCCCCUGGCAUCGCAGGGGCAAUCCUUGCCAUCACCGGCCUCCUGCAAGGAACCUGCCCAGCACCUUUGGCCGAUGCGGGGAGGGGUGGCUCCAUCCCUGGGGCACGGAGAGGAUGGCAUUCCUAUUUUCCUCUCCCCAGAGCCGAGGUUUCUUCCCUUGAAGCUGAGGUAUCUCCCCUUGGAGGACAGAGCAGCCUCCGGCGAGAGGCCAGGUUACGCAGACUGUCUUUUGCCUCGGUUGGGUUAGAUUUCCAGGCAAAAUUUCUGGAUGAAAACAAGAAAGGGUGGGAAAAAAAUAAUAAAGCCCAAAUCCCAGCCCUUCUAUCAACGCAGCAUGCCAGGUGCUGCUUCCCCAGGGCUUGAGCCCCUCUUCUGCUCUGGUUCAGCCAGGGAAGGAAGGCUUCUCCUCUCCCACCAGCCUGUCGCACACCAAAUACUCUGGAAGCGCUCCUUGCCGGGCAGGUCACCCCUCUGCUACCUCGUAUCCCAGGCUCAGGGGGCGACCGGCUUUGCACAGCUCCAAACCCAAACCCCAGCACCCUCGAGGCAGGUAGGCGAUUCCCCUCGUGCCAUCGCACCCCGCCGGCAGCGCCGACCCGUGCCAGGCUUUCCCACAGCAUCGCUCACCUCCAGCCGCGUGAGAUGGUGGUGGUGGUGUGAAGGCAGCCUCAAAGCAAUAGGGAGCUGGAGUUACGUUUCCAGUUGCUUUCCUUUGUUUUUUAUUAUUUCUGUGCACGUCCCUAAUAGGAAAGUGAGCCCCCAUAUUUCUUUUUAUUUAUUUUUUUUUAAUGUUUUGUCUUGGUUUUACUCCAGACUUGCACCUCACCUGCAUCUUGUCCUGCAGGGCGGGCGGCAAAGUGCAGUUUGCAUUAUCAAACAGUCUUGGAGUGAUGUGCCGGCGAUCGAUGAGCGAGAAGCCGAAAGGGUUGUGGGUUCUGCUCCCUGUAAGACAGGGGGAAAUGCCGUUCUCACCCCCUAAGGCAGGAGCUGAGGCCAUCCCCUGGCAAAACCAUCCCAGUGAUUUCUGGUGUAACGCGGGGACGCAGGUGUUCAGCGCAGCUCUUGGCAGUAAAGCGAAAGGACCCCCAGACCCAUCUCUUCCGCACGGCCAGAUUUCCACCCGACAGCAACGCUGCUAUGCUCGGUAACACUUUCCAUUAAGAGUGCAUCCAGCUGAGCUCUGGCACGGUGCGUUUCACUGCCCUGUCCCCCCCCCCGCUCCUCCCUUCCCACCCCAGCAGCCACUUUGGGAACCAAAACCCCAAAUUCAGCUUGUCCCCUAAAAUAAGGAAUUAAAAGAGAAAAGACAACGGGGGACUCAGCUCUGUCUUAGGUGGCUGCGGGUGCCCCGGCCGGGGCAGGGCAGUGGCACUCAGCACCAUCCCUUGCCUUCAUGGCAAACCUACCAGCCUGCCCCCACCUCAUCUCGUCAGGAUUUAACCCAUGUAAGUCCACGUUCUUGGUCUCUGGCUGGCUUUAUCCCUCCAAAUUGUUUGAGAAGGGAAUUCCUUGGUAAAUGCUAAUAAUAAAGCAUUUAUAAAGUGCUCUGACGUACACAUAUCAACAACUAAGCCAAUACAUUGUUUGUUAUAACCCUGUAGCCUGCAGUUUAUAGCACAAUUAGUUACAGGUUUUUAUAGCAUCUAUUUAGUAUUUUGGAAAAAAAAAAGAAAACAGGUUAUAAAUAUAAUUGUUAUAUUCUAUUGUACUUUAUAGACAGUGGCAGUUACAUCAGUAAUGAUAACUCUCACUGGUUUGACAGCAUUUCACAGCUCCCAGGAACACGAGGGCUACAAAGAGCUACUUCCCCAAGACCCAGGCGGGGGCAGGUGCUGGUGGGACCCACCGGGUGCAGGCAGGGAAACUGAGGCAGGGGGAUGCGCUGCGCGGUGGGGCUCACAGGGAUCGGAGCAGCCGGGAGCACAGCAGCAGCUGCCAGCGCCCUGCGCCUUGCCCCUGCUCACACCCUUAGUACAAAGUGUUACCGCUCGCCCAGCACCACCUUAGUCCUGCUGAAAAUACCUUGCUCCCAAGCUGGGGAGACGCUGAGGGUGUCCCCAUCGCUGUCCCCAGGGCAGUGUGGGUUUCUCUCCCCGUGCACAUGGUGCCGCAGGAGGCGAUGCCUGGGUUCAGUCCAGCCCUGGCAAGGAUGCUUUCCCUCUCGUCCUCUUUCUCCUCCUGCCCCGGUGAGCAUCCCAUUUGCCUGGACUUGGCUUUCCUUCCACUUUAGACUUCUUGUUGGAGAUUCCCGAGGUGUCUACACCACCUGUAACACCCUGCACCCCUUUCUUUGAAAUCAAAUUAAAAUCAGGUCUGU